GCGCUGCCGCCGCAAAAUGGCGGCCGGGGGCCCGCCCUGACGCGAUGGCGGCGGCGGGCCUCGGGGCGCUGUUGCUGCUGCUGGCGGCGGCACCGCGGGCUGGGCAGCCCGUCUUUCAGCCUUCGUUUAUCCAUAUGUCUGGGCUAAGAGUUAACUCGGUUUUUCAUGGAAAUUCUUCGGGAGUUAAUUUUUAUAUAAUUUUAAAUCCUAUAGAUGAAGAGACAGGAAAAUUGCAAGUUUCAAAUUGCAGUGGAAGUAAAACAGAUGGUGAUUGGAAUUUGAGCGUAACACCUGGUGUGGGCACAUCCAAAGUGACCAUAAACUUGACUAGAAAUCUUCAGUUGUGUUUGCCCAAUGCCACUGACUGCUGCACGACUCCUCUCUGUGUGCUGGAAACACUUCAGGUUUUAGCAUGCCAUGACUCAGUGGUUCUGGCACAUCUCCUGAUUCAAGCUGAAAUAUAUGCCAACUCUUCCUUUACAGGAAAUGUGUCAGAAGAUGCAUCUCUCAUCCCUAACCAGGUGUUUCAGCCCUUGGGCCCUUGUCCUUGUGACUUGACAGAUGGAGCUUGUGAUGUUCGUUGUUGCUGUGAUCCGGAGUGUACACCAGAUUUGAAGCAGUUAUUCAAUGAAUCAUGUUUCACUGGAGUGUUUGGUGGGGAUGUAAACCCACCUUUUAAUCAGCUGUGCUCUACAAAGACAGAUGAAUAUACUCCUGAUUGGUUUCCCUUCCUUUGCAUACAGUCUUCUCUUAACAAUACACCGUUUCUUGGCUACUUUUAUCAUGGCUCUACUUGCAGGUCUACACCCAGAGUUCCUUCAUUUAAGAUCCCUUUACAAACGUCUCCUGCGAAAGUUUUCACUGGUUACAGUCAAGGAGAUCCAAUUGUGACAGAAGAAAAUGAGUAUUUUACCAUCCCCCAGCAAUCCAUGGCGGGGCAGUGUGUUCGAAAUGCCCCUGUGGCUUAUCUCCAUGACAUUGAUGUUAAGUGCCUCACUGAUCUAUCAUCUUACAAAGAAGGACUGCCCCACGAUGUGAGAAUAAACAGUGGUACAGGAGACUUCAUCCAACAAAAUGUGAUCUAUAGGACCAUCGCUGACACGGGCAAAUUCAUCACUCAAAGCGAAAGCCUUCCUACUACUGAGGCUUUGUGUCAAAAUGUAACCUUUGCAGAAAAUUAUACGUUCAUUUGCAAAGAUGAGAACAUAGAGGGAAUAAACGUCACAGUCUUCCUCGGACGUUUAUGUGAUGGAGAAAUACUGACACAGAGAUUCACAGCCAAAUUUAUAAGCUUGAAGAGUAAUAAUGCAGAAGAACUGUCUGGGAAUCCAGGUUAUCAAGUUGGAAAACCAGUGAGAGCUGCAAAUAUGAAUGCUUCUGAUACUUCUGGCAGCCUAAACAUUUUGCAGCCAGCUGGAAGAGGUUUAUGUGCAUCAGCAACUGAUACACCAGUUUUGUUUGGAUUAGAUUCAUUCUCUGGAUGCAUGCUAGAAGUUGGUAUUAACGAAGAUUGCACACAUCUAAGAGGAAAUGUAACUGAGAGAUUGAAUUCAUUGAUACAAGCUACUCAUGUUGGAAAGAGGAGCAAUUCAAGUUACAGUGAUGUAAAUGACUGGGUGGAAAUUAUACGUCUUGAUCCAUUUAAUCCUAAUACAAGUGUGAGCACUGGAAACUUGAAAGGCAUUUGUCCAGAUAUUCCUGCAAAUCUGAAUAUUCGCAUAAUUUUUGCAGAUGUGGGUGCAGUACAAGGGAUUCCCCGUCAAGAGAUACUCGCUGUGCAGAUCAGUUACUCGACUGUCAUAUGGCAAUUCCAGUGUGGGCUUACCUGUGAAAACACUGUCAGCUUUCUUCCCAUCACUGCUUCUGUUCAAUUCAUCAAAGUGCCAGCUCAGCCACCAAUUCCAAUGACAAGGUUUCAGAUUAAUUAUACGGAAUUUGACUGUAAUCGAAAUGAUGUGUGCUGGCCACAACUCUUUUAUCCAGUGACACAGUUCUACACAGGAGAACCCUAUUCCCAAUGUCUCGCUAAGGGCCUGUCACUGGCAUUUCUUGUUUUCCUUGCAGUAAUUUUGAGUAACCCUUGGUUUUCUAAAGUAUGGGAUAACUUCUUGAUUUAAAAAUGCUUAUGUAAAGAAAACCACUUUGUAAAUAUUUAUGGUACAUUUUGGUACAAUUUAUGGAUGGAUAUUGUAUUUUGUAGACGUUUUAUAUGAACACUUAAAAGAUGCAUGAAAUGAGUGCUCUUAGGGUGCACAGGAACUGGUUGUAUUAAUAAAAAAAAUAAAGUGAUAUAAUUUA